AGCAAACAAAUGUCACCAGUGAAGAGCUCCGCAGCGUUUUUUAAACACAGAGUUUUUAUUUUUAACGUGGCCUGCUUUAAACCGACAGGGUGUCAGCAUGUGUUUUAAAUAGCGUCAGUGACUCUGCUCGACAAGAAGAAGAAAAGGAGAAGAUUUGUGGCCCAAGUGGAGAGAAGAAAGAAGCGUCAGACAGACUCAUCCUGCAGCGGCGGCCAUGUCUCUGGGCGAGGCGGCGUCGGACUCGGUGCCGUUCUUCUCUGAUGACAGCGAGGCGGAGGGGGCGGAGGAGCGGAGCGGCGCGGGGGGAGCGCGGCGGGGGGAGGAGGAAGAGGAGGAGUCGCCCAGCGGAGUGUCGAAGGUGCGAGCGCUGCUGACCGUCUUCAUCCUCUGUUACAUCAACCUGCUCAACUACAUGGACCGCUUCACCGUGGCAGGUGUUCUUCCUGACAUCGAGCAGUACUUUGGAAUAGAUGACGAGAAGUCCGGUUUGCUCCAGACGGUUUUCAUCUGCAGCUACAUGUUUCUGGCUCCGUUGUUCGGUUACCUCGGCGACAGGUACAACAGGAAGUUCAUCAUGAGCUUCGGCAUCACGUUCUGGUCUUUAGUGACUCUGGCCAGCUCCUACACUCCUAAAGACCAUUUCUGGGCUCUGCUGCUGACCCGAGGUUUGGUGGGGGUGGGGGAGGCCAGCUACUCCACCAUCGCUCCCACCAUCAUCGCAGACCUCUACGUCAAAGGGAAGAGGACCAACAUGCUCUCCAUCUUUUACUUCGCCAUCCCAGUGGGCAGUGGUCUGGGGUACAUCGUGGGGUCACAGGUCAGCGCUGUGGCACAGGACUGGCACUGGGCUCUGAGGGUGACUCCAGGUUUGGGGAUCAUAGCGGUGCUCCUGCUGCUGUUCGUGGUCAAAGAGCCUAAACGAGGAGCCAUCGAAGCUCGACCGGAGCAUCAUCUUCAUCAGACCAGCUGGCUGACCGACCUGCAGGCGCUCAGCAAGAACCGCAGCUUCCUGUUCUCCACGCUGGGCUUCACCGUGGCCUUCGUCACCGGCUCGCUGGCUCUCUGGGCUCCGACGUUCCUGUUCAGAGGCGUGUUCACCGGGGAGAAGAGCCCCUGCGUGGAGGGACACUGCGCCUCCGACGACAGUCUUAUUUUCGGCAUCAUCACCUGCGUGACGGGCGUGCUGGGCGUGGCGAGCGGCGUGCAGGUGAGCCGGCAGCUGAGGAAGAAGACGGCGAGGGCGGACCCGCUGGUGUGCGCCGCCGGCCUGCUGCUGUCCGCUCCGUUCCUCUACCUGGCCAUCGUGUUCGCUCAGGCCAGCACCAUCGCCACAUACGUUUUCAUCUUCUUCGGAGAGACGUUCCUGUCCAUGAACUGCAUCGUGGCCGACAUACUGCUGGCCUCCUCCUUUUCUCUAAUUUCCACCACCAGUUGCAGUUUGCAGCUCACAGCUCAGGUUCAGGGCAGUUACAUCAACCCACACAGUCGCACCCGCUCACUGCAACAGAGCUGUGAGGUUGCCUUGCAGCUUGCUGGUUUAGUGAGUCACACAUCCACACUCAUCACCUGCAGCCUGCCACAGUCACAGUGUCACAGCUUCAUCACUCAUCAGCUGCUUUUUAACAACUUUUCUGUGUUUUCUGUGGAGCUGCAGGAAGCUGAUGCUCUGCUUCAUCUGGACAAACACGACCCGAGCUGA